GAAGAUCGGGCGUUUAUAAGGUGUUUAUUCAACUGGGCUUUAAUUGGUGGCAGGCCUCAAUGCUGAAUGAAGGGUGCGGUCUGAAGGAGAACUCUUACUCAGGACGUUGGCGAAACUUGUGUGAAAGCUGUGAAUCAGGAGGCACUCUUCCUGGUCUGACACAGUGAGCUGACGAGGAAACGCUGUGGUCAGAUUCUAGAAAGCUGUUGCGGGUAUCAUGGCGUUAUUUAAAAAGGACUUGGACAAGUACAAGGACCUGGACGAAGAUGAAAUCCUUAACAAACUGUCGGCAGAGGAACUGAAACAGCUGGAGACGGCGCUGGAAGAGAUUGACCCAGAGAAUGCGCUUCUUCCUGCCGGAAUGCGUCAGAAGGACCAGACGUCAAAAAAGGCCACCGGAACGUUUGACAGAGAGAGGCUCUUGAAGUACUUAGAGAAGGAAGCGAUGGAGUACAAGGACAGAGAGGAUGUUGUGCCUUUCACUGGAGAAAAGAAAGGUAAAGUAUUUGUCCCAAAGACGAAACCACUGGAGUCGCGAAAAGAGGAGGUCACAACCCUCGACCCAGAGUUAGAAGAGGCCCUGUCCAGCGCCACUGAUACAGAACUGUGUGAUCUUGCAGCCAUCUUGGGUGUUCACACACUGGUCACCAGCACUCAGACGUAUGAUGGAACUAGAAGCAAAGAUGGUUACAACAAUGUUAUUAAAGGGGAGAAGAUGAACCCGGUUUUUGAUGAGCCUCCAAAUCCCACCAACGUAGAAGAGACUCUGCAGCGGAUAAAGAAUAAUGACAGCUCUUUAACAGAGGUCAACCUGAACAACAUCAAGAACAUCCCAAUUCCCACACUAAAGGACUACGCCAAAGCUAUGGAAAGGAACACACAUGUGAAGAAGUUUAGCCUGGCAGCAACACGGAGUAAUGACCCCAUCGCAGUGGUCUUUGGUGACAUGCUGCGGGAGAACAAGACACUUCAGAGUUUGAAUUUAGAGUCCAACUUCAUCACUGGAGUGGGAGUGCAGGCCCUGGUUGAAGCGUUGCGAGACAACGAGACACUCACAGAGAUCAAGAUAGACAACCAGAGGCAGCAGCUGGGCACCACUGUAGAGAUGGAGAUUGCUAAAAUGUUGGAGGAAAACAACAGCAUCGUGAAGUUUGGGUAUCACUUCACUCAGCAAGGGCCUCGCUCCAGAGCUGCUGCUGCCAUCACCAAGAACAACGACCUGGUUCGCAGGAGGCGAGUGGAAGGAGACCUGUAGAAGAGUCCAUCUCCCCCUCCAACUCUUCCUCCUUUUGCUUCAUCUCACCACGUGGAAUAACUUCUACCAGUGCCCAAGUCUCAUCUCACUGUGUGGAACUCCAAGUCUUGUGCCAAACUGUGCGGGCAAGGCGCAUUUAACAAGAACAUUUUAACUGAGACGGAGGAAAAUAACUGGAAUUUGCCGCUCAAUCAUUGAUACUUGUGUUUGUUAUUCUCAUGAUGUUAUUGAAAGUGCACAUCUAAUUCGAUUUUAGCCAUUUCAUGUCAACUGCUCCUCUUUUUUUUGAGCCUUUAACGAUCAGUCAGUCAUUUUUAACCUUUUUCUUUUGUACUAAAAUGGUAUGAAAUAAACACCAACACCAUGUAACGCUUAGGAACUUAAGUCUAACAUUCCGCAAACUUGAUCCUCCUCUUUCUGACAGCUCUGUAAUGAUUUCUUGCGAGGUCUCAACUUAGACACUCACCUGACCCAGACACAGCAGCCAGUGUUCGGCGUCAUCUCUUCGUAUAGACCAGCUUGGAUUUUUGAGCCACUCUGUAGCUGUGUUUAUCCACUGCUGCCAUGGUUGUUUUGGGGAAAUGUCCCGAGUGUAUCCUGGAUAUCAGACUGAGAACAUCAUGUCCAGUCAUUUGAAUGACUUGCAUCAUCACUUCUUAAUGAAAGCUACUUCACAAAGGGUUGAUCUGUAUUUAAUUUUUAACAUAGACAAAUGAUGUGUAACAUAUUGGUGUCACAAUGCAUGAAUGCUUAAACGUCACAUGCCAAAGACCAACACGAGCGGCGCUUCUUUUCUAACCCGGCUUUCUUUGGGCGCUCACUUUAUUUCUGUUACUACAUAGACUGGAUGUUUCUCUUGGGUGUUGCUUUUGGUGGUUCUGGAACAUUUAUGAAAGGUUCAGUCACGAGUAAUUGCUUUCAACAUUCCACACAUCAGAUCUGAUGUCAGCCCCUCUGUGUUCUGUGCUAGUGUCAGCAUCUACUGAGCGUGUGGCCUUUGCUGUUAAGGUUCUAAGCUCAAUCCAUUCGGUUCUGUGGACUCACCUGGGCUUGUGCUUGUAGAUUCACAUUACUAUGUAAAAGAGUAGCUGUUGGUUGCAUGAAAGCAAGUGAGUGGAUGAAUGAGUGAGACGGUAGCAUCCACACAGUUCUCUUUUCUGGUUGUAGCUGCUUGGGGUUAUACACACACACACACUUGACUGGAGCCGCUUCCACACACUGCAAGAGCUCAACAGUAGCAUGUCGAACCCUCUGACGCCAUAAUAUCAUGUGUGCCUCCAACUACACUCCCGACGGUACACUGACCUGGUCGAUGUGGUUCUAACAGGUGACUAUUUCAGGACUUACUUGAACUUGUAUAUAUACACUCUUCAUUCUGAAUGGAGACAGCACUGCCGUGCUCACAUCUGUCACUUGACCAAAAGAAUAUCGCUUCAUUUCAACUCAGCUACAUUCCAUCAUUUUCACCUCCGAUCAAAUAUCUGUUGGUGUUGACCUCAACUCCGCUUUCCUGUCAGCAGACUGUGCUCACGCUGAUCUGUGCUGUGUAUAUUCUGUAAGUUCUAAAUGCACAUCUCAAAAUUGCAUUCACACAGAUGUGUGUGUUACAUAAAGCUACUCAUAAACUGCUUUGAUUCUGUGUAUGAACUUCCAGUAUAGGGACUCUCAUGGAUGCUCAAGACUGGUUGAAGGCACUGCUGGAUGUGAGAGAACCACAACAAUAAAUGUUUUUACAUAACCUUU